UUGGAUGGAAUGGUUGUUGGUUGUUGCUUGCUCUCCAGCUCUCGGGAACCGCACGAAGCUCCCCACAAGUCCUCCGUCUCGUUCUCGCCCCGAAACGGUUCGGUAGCAAGGCAAAAAUACUAUUAUUAAACAAAAUAAUAACAAUCGAAAUAUACAAAAAUAUAAGUAUAAUGUUAUUCAGCGAAAACAGACUGCAAGUGCAAUAACAAACUGGUGCUUACGGAUGAAACAACUUUGGGAACCCCUGAAAAACCGGUUCUGCGCACCUCUUGAAAGCCAGAAAGGGACAGCUGGUGCCCACAUGUGUGUGAGUGCGAAGUGAAGAAAAGUAUCUCAGACGAAUUGCAACAACUGUGCGUUCGUGUGUGUGAGUUUGUGUGUCUAUGAGGCCAUUGCAACGAUCGCAGCAACUCUACAAACUCUACACAUUACGCAUACGCACCGCAGUGCGGCGCGUAUUUGCAAGUGGCAUUAUCGUUGUUAUCGCCGUAGUUUCGUCGGAUGUGUUGGCCUUUUCGCGUCGCCAUGGCUGCCAAAAGGUGUGUGUUGAACUGAAAAGCGAAAAACAAACCCCGAACAGCACUUGACGGUUGAGCAAACACAACGGUGGCCAUAUUUGUAUUCGUAUCUGGGUUCCCUCGAUGUCGUCGCGGUUGUCGCCUUAUUUCGCGUCCCUCAGAUAAGCCGUGACAUACUAAAGUUCUACGCAAAGCCCGCAUCGCGAAAGUUGUGCCGGUUAAACUAAGUGCAAAAAAACAAAGGGCAAAGCCACUUACUGUGAACUAGUGUAGACAAUUAAUAAAACUGUGAACUAAGUGAUAGUGGUGAAUCUUCCGCACAGAACGCAAAUGUCAACCCAAAACCUGAAGAGAGAUAUGGAGCAAACCUAUCUGUAAAUAAUUAUUUUGAAAUGGUCUCCAUGGUGGGAAGAAAUUAAUACACCCAAGAUCUAGCCAGUAACAAAAUUCGGAAAGAUAAGCCCCAGCCAUGCAAGAGGUGUGCAGCACUCUGGACACGACCCCGAUGGGCACGCAGAUCAAGUCGGAGUCGCCGCUGAAUCCGCUGCAGGUGCAAACCGGGCAGACCUCCCUGCCAGUGGGUGGUUGCGGUGGGGCUGGCACAGUGGGUGGUGUUGGCGUGGGUGGCAUCGGGCAGCAGGGGGCGCCUCCGGUGCCGGCGGUGAUGCUGGUCAACAAGAUGGCCCCGAACUGUGAUAAACGGGCCGGAGACACGGCCUACUGGAUGGCAGCCUCCGAGGGCGGAUUCAUCAACUCGCAGCCGUCGAUGGCCGAGUUCCUCAACCACCUGAGUCCGGAGAGUCCCAAAAUAGGAACACCUGUUGGUGCCGGCGCCAUCGGAGGCGUGGGCGUUAACGUUAAUGUCAAUGUCGGGGUCGGAGUCGGAUAUCCGGUUGGCGUUGUCCCUCAAACGCCGGAUGGCAUGGACUCGGUGCCGGAGUAUCCAUGGAUGAAGGAGAAGAAGACGUCCCGCAAGAGCAGCAAUAACAACAAUCAGGGUGAUAACUCCAUAACUGAAUUCGUUCCAGAAAACGGCCUGCCCCGACGACUCCGCACCGCGUACACCAACACCCAGCUGCUGGAGCUGGAGAAGGAAUUCCACUUCAAUAAAUAUUUAUGCCGCCCAAGGAGGAUCGAGAUAGCAGCCAGCCUGGACCUCACCGAGCGACAGGUAAAAGUUUGGUUCCAGAACCGCCGCAUGAAGCACAAGCGGCAAACGCUCUCCAAAACCGACGACGAGGACAACAAGGACAGCCUCAAAGGUGACGAUGAUCAGUCCGAUAGUAACUCCAAUUCGAAGAAGUCGUGUCAAGGCUGCGAACUGCCCUCCGAUGAUAUCCCCGAUUCCACGUCCAAUUCCCGGGGUCACAACAACAACACGCCGAGCGCCACCAACAACAAUCCGAGUGCUGGCAGCCUUACUCCCAACUCGUCCCUGGAAACGGGCAUCUCCUCGAACCUCAUGGGCAGCACCACCGUUUCCGCAUCGAAUGUGAUCAGCGCCGACUCCAGUGUGGCAUCGAGUGUCAGUUUGGACGAGGACCUCGAGGACAGCAGUCCCAUCAAGGUGAAGAAGAAAGACGACGGACAGGUAAUCAAAAAGGAGGCGGUGUCCACCUCGUCGAAGGCCUCGCCCUUCGGCUACGAGAGCUCCACGCCCAGUCUGGUCAGUUUUCGAAGGGAGUCGGAUGCCGCGACAGUUGGAAAUGCACCCACCACCAAGGCGGGCGGCAAGAAACGCUUUCAGAGUGCCGCCAAUGCCAUUGCCACGCCCACUCCGCUGACGGACAGCAGUGGUGCAAAUGGGGGUGGAGGUAACCAAGCCGGUGGCUACUUCCCAGGCUAUUAUCCUGGUCCCAAGCAGCAGCAGCAAAUGCAGCAGCAGCAACUGCAACCGCAGCAGCAGCAGCAGGACUACUACGGCAAGUACGACAUCGAAUUCGCCGCCUCGCCGCACCACAAUCCGCACAACAAACAGCAGGCGCUGCACGGCGAGUAUCUGAGCCCGAAGCCAAAUGCGGCCAACUUCCACCAAAACAGUCAGCAACAGCAGCAGAGCGACCAGUUCUACUACAACUACAACGACUCCAACGGCAGCGCGUACUUGAGCCACCAGCAGCAGCACCACCAACAGCACCAGCAGCAGCAGCACCACCACCACGUUGCCGACUUCGAGGCACCCGUCAACGGACCCAGCAACUUCAACAACGGCGCCUACUACGACAACAUGAGCUUUCAACAACAGACGCCGGCUCACCAACACCAGUCGGUGGUGUUCCAACAGCAGCAGCCCCACCAACAGUCAGCAGUAAAUCACCAGCACAUGCAUCACCUGGGCGCAGGAGAGACGUACAGUGCUCUUGGCCUGCAGAUGGAGAACUGCGAGGGCUACAACAACUUCGGGGCCGCCGGGAGCGGAGGUGGCUACUACGAGGCGGGUCAGCAGCCGCCGGGUCCCUCCGCCCACGGCAGCCAUGGCCACCACCCGCACCACCACAUGCCGAUGCCGGCGCAGGCGCACAUCCACGCCCACCACAACUCGGCGGCGAUUCCGGGGGGCGUGGGAGUUGGUCCUCCGCCAUCCCACAUCCACGGGUUCGCCAUCAACGGAGGAGCAACUGGCCAGGGCCAGGGAUUCGGAAACAAUGGAACCUCCGCGGCUGGAGCGGCUGCGAUCAGCGGGCUGGAGAACUCGAACAGCUCGGACUUCAACUUCCUGAGCAACCUGGCCAACGACUUUGCGCCGGAGUACUACCAACUCAGUUAGUUCAUGUAGGAAGUGAGCCAGAGGCCAGUGUAAAUAAACCUUAGCCUAGUGCGCCACGUGGGCGAGAGUCUUCAAAUUCUAUUCAGUGUCGUAGUUUCUUAAGCACCUUGUCCGUAGCACAUAUCUGUAAAUACAAAAGCGUAUAUUUAAAUCUGAACAGGAGUUCUAUUUCACGUUUCUAGGCUAAAUAAAUCGAAAAUGUCUUGAGUUUGGUUUGGCUCGAAGUCAAAGUGGGGCUCUACAUUAAAAAUUCCAUUUGAAAAUAAGGGAGAAACAGAAAUUGUAUAUAGUUAGACAAAUUCAUCUACUUUUACACAAGUCCUAAUCAAUGACAUAAAUGACUAAUUAACAAUUGAUUAUCUGUGUUCUGUAAAUACCUAAAGUAGCCUAAAUCAAAACGUAACACCCAACUUAAUCUAAAAGAAAACUAUUAAAACAAAUUUGAAUCACUCUGAUUCAAGUGCAAUUUCUCUAUGAACGAACUUUGUUUUAGGAA